AGUGAUGUAUCAUUAAGCCUAUUCCUUUUCAUUUUCUGAUUGACGCAAGUUGCCAAGACAAGGAGUUUACAACAGGGCUUGACGUCUCUAGGAUGCGGAAGCCUUAUUUACCAUCUGCUCCCCUUAAGAACGCACGAGUUCACUUCCACUCUUUUGUGGAGUUGAAUUCACCUUCGUUCUUUCGACUAGCGCUCUAUAACUGCCUACUUCUUCCUCCGCGUUCUCGGUCUCAACACAACACCUUCUUCGACCAACAACGCCACCAAUUUCGACUUCUGCUCUUCUACACUACAGGAUUUCAACCUUCUUCAUUCUUGAUCACACUCCGAGCAACUGUUUGCAACUACAUCUUCGAUUACCUCAAUAAACCAAAUCGCAAACAUGAAGUUCGCCUUCAACACUUCCCUCUUGGCUCUUGCUGGCCUUGCCUUUACUGCCGUUGCUUCUGCUAUUCCCACCACUGUCACUGUCCCAUCCGGCUCUGGAUACAAGAACUACCCGCUGGGUGUUAUGACUUUCAGUGGUACCAUUGGUGGUCAUGCAGUCCAACUUAACGGCACUAUCCAGGAGAUCAACACUCAAAUGGUUGCCAACUUUCCUGACUUCAAUAUGGAUGCCCUUGUUGCUGCCAAUUUAGCUAAGCGUGAGGCUGAGGCUGAGGCUGCCACUCCCGCCAACUUGUUCACCCGUAGCAAGUCUGGCAUGUUGUGCUGGCCCGUUCCUAGCCAAGACUGGUCACUGUGCAGUGUUAGCGUUAUUGGACAAGGUAUCACCUAUCUUGAUAACUUCAAUGGUCUCUGCGGCGUUGGUGCGAACUCCUGUGUCCGUAUUUCCUGCUCGUACAGUUCUGCGAUCUAUCUUUGCAACGAUAAUGACUAUGGCAUCACUCCAACUUGUCCUUACAUGGGCUCGUAUGCCCAGGAUAUCAUCAAUGAUUGCUCUCAUUGCGAAGGACCAAAUGAUUGCGUUACUUGUGGACAAGAAUUCGACUCCGAUAAUUAUAAUAUUAUCGUUCGUGACAAUUGUUAAUAGGAUUCGGACUUCCAUUGCGCUGGUCUUCGCUCUGGUGUGAUGCGUUAAGCAGUGGGGCGUUUCUUUUUGGCAAACAAUCUACGUGGUACGAUGAUUGGGAAUGGUUAGGCGAUAGGGUUUUUUGGGCAUUAGUUUGAUUCGACUCUUGAUU